AGUUGAGCAAGUGAGCUAAGUAGCUAAAGCCAGUCAGUGAGGCCGAGGCGGACAGUUUUGAGGUGACAGUGGAGAAUGGGGAGGACUUUGCACGCCCGGCGAAUUUUGUCCGCAGAAAGGGUGCUCAAACUCGAUCUCUACCCAUCUGAGAGCGUGUGCUGAAACUGGAGAAACACCGGUGGACAGGAAGGAAUGGCUGAUCCUCUGAGGAGGAAUUUAUUAGCAAAACUUCGGGGGAAGAAAUCUAAGAAAGGGACGCCGGCUGGUGGAUACGGCGCUGCGACUAAUGGGGGCAGAGCAGGUAAAGGAAAAGUUUCUCAAAACCCAGACGGCCAAACUCCUCCAGUAGUAAUGUUCGCAGAGUUGCAUUGUCUGACAGACAACAUCAUGAGAGGUAACGAUUGUUACGUUAACGACAUUGUAGUAAACAAGGUUGGAUUAGAUCAAGAGCAGAGCACGGUAGGAGUUGUUGAGACGAGUGAGUUUCCCCAGCAGUACGAGGCUUCAGCUAACAUGCACAUAAACACUAGCCGGGGGCCGGGGGACAAUCAGGGUAGCGGGUGCUCCGGGAUUAGGGGUCGAGUAAAUGAGGAACUCUUGGGGGUCUCACUUCAAAGAGCAACUCAGUACGAGGGGAACGAUAGAGACGAGAUGAUCAGAAUCCAUAAACAAGGGCCCGGCUACUUCUCUGGACAAUUACAACAAGGACACAUAGGUAGAGCGCACGAACAGAGAAAACACUUUGUCCCCAUUCCGCGACAGUAUAGCGCAGGGGAUUCAAUAGGGUUUGGGAGCAAUAUUCCUAAUAAUCACAUUAUAUACCACAGAAGGCCUGAUGGGGUAGUUAAAAUGACAAAUGGCCACUAUCCUGCUUCAAAGAGUAAUGGAACAAAUGUCUGCUUUGACAAAGAUCUAAAGACUCGAGUAAGCCACGGGCAGACAGACGACUCCUGCCAUCAAACUGUGUACAACUACAAGGCAGACAACGGGCAGAGGUCUAUAAAUGAUUUCAAAGUUACGGCAAACGUGGAUCCUGGCCACAACCAAAUAUUGAAAACAAAUGUUACAAAUAACGGGACGCAAAUGUGUCCGCCGGGUAUCCCGUGUGCGCAUCAUCUGGACAGUAAUUACACCGAGGAAAACAUUGUGAUUAGAAACAUAGAGAGUUACGGGAGCUCGCAUGAAUUUACAGGGGACAACAUUAGGGUGACCCAUUUGCAGAGCCCGACAUUUUUCCCCACUGAAUUGGAGAUAUGCGACGUUAACGUGGCCUCCCACUUCAUAUGCGCAAGAGAAGGAGCACUCCGACACUACUCUCUAGAUAGCGAGGAUGAUGAUUAUUAUGAUAAUGUAAUUCUUCCCUUUUAUGUAUCUGAGUCAUUAGGUCCAAAUGAUAGAAAAAGCUCAGAUAAAAUAGAAGCCAUAGAGUCGGGAAAAGAUGUUCCUAAAGGACAAGUCAUUAGCGACAGUGUGCAGGAGACAGACAGACUGCGGAGCCAGUUGAAAGAGGCCUAUUACCUUCUUAUAAACACCAUGCACGAUAUUAGUUUUGAUGGUCAGGUCAGUGUCAACGGUUUUAUGGAUCAGGCAAGUUCCUCCAGUCACUCUCGGGACAGCAUGUGCUCACGGUUGUCCAUCAAGCACGUGGACAGUGAUGCUUGGUCGUCGGGAGAGCACAGUGUCCAACAGGUGUCUGACACAGACUCCAUCCUGUUGUGCCUGCUGAGUGAAAACCGAGGGGAUCCAAGUCUAAAAAAAAAUGUCAUUAGCAAGAGCCUUGUGAAUCUAUCUGCCAGCAGGAUUGGGCCUCCCUUACUGCGUUCCACUAGUGACAGAGCUAUCAAAUACCGCAGUGGUGCGCACAAUGCACCCUGCAUCCAGGCCCUCGGUUCCCAAAGCCCUGCCUGUGAGAAUGGGGAUGGAGCAAAUAGGCCACAGGCUGUUGGAGCCUCUGACCCGUUUGAGAAACAGGCCAGCUACAAUGGUGACACGAGCAGCGACGACCUGCUUCAAGACACCGGUGAAGACUUCAAGUUGAACGAGAGUAGUGGCUCGGUCAACAGCCUCACUGGAUCGUCCGACAACGCAGACACCCAGCAGGGUGGUAACAGCAAGCGAGAUGGAGAGAUGAGCGCAUGGGACCGGGGAGGCUCUGCCAAGCCCCAUGGAGUCACCGUCAACAAGAUGCAGGAGUGGAUGCACAAAGGCCGUCUGUUGUCUUCGGAGAUGAAGCAGCGCAUCGCGGGGUCCACGCCCCAACCCCAUGGCACCCACUGUGGCCUGGAUAGUGCACCACGGCCCAGCCAGGGCCAGGCCAGCUCAGUUCCAGGUGGAUCUAAACCAGCAGCCCUGACGACCAGAGUUCACGGGGCCAUACCCGCCACUGUGGUCCCAUGCCAGAGCCAGGCUUUGCAUCAGUCAGCUCUGAUAGAGAAUGUCCACUCCUCCUCCGACAGGCACGAGGUUGGCGAGGGCAAGGCCAGCGAGCUGUCAUUAUGGAGACCCCCACUCAACACCAUCACCGUUUCCAAGAAACGCAACUGGCUCCAGCAGAGCUCUGGGAGGCCGCAUCACACCACUCAGGAUGACUCCCAGUGCAUUCUGGGAGCAGAGGAGGACAAUGGACAUGGACAUACACCCCGACCCCCUCCUAGCCCCUCCCCGGAGUACCUAAAACCCCCCGGACCGCCGCCCUCCCGGCCCCUCCGCCUGCACCUACCCCAGGUGAGCAUGUGCCACGCCCACGUUGGACCCCAGCCCAGGUGUGUGGACCCGGCCGAGGAGAAUGAUGCGGAUGACGAGGGGGAGAUCUGGUACAACCCCAUCCCUGAGGAUGAAGAACCAGAGCUACCUCACAUUUACAGACCCACCACCAUCCCCCAGGUCAGACUGAUGGUCCCUACACGGCCCCAGGAGCCCCAAGCCCUCCAGAUCCAGAGGAGGCCCAGCCGGGAAGGGGUGGCCGGGCGGACCCUGGAAGGCUGCAGCCCUGACCUGGAGGGUGUGGGGGAGAGCCUGGGUGGCGGAGGUGGAGGUGGAGAGGGGAGUCAGCAGGGGAAUGCUGUACAUUCCAUGGAGCCGUCGAUACAGCUGCACAGACAGAUGCUGCACACAUGCAAACCUCAGGAGGAGGGGCCAGCCAGUUCCAGCAGAGCCACAGCUGCAGCAGAAGGCCCUGACCUGGCCACCCCCGGCUUCUCGCCUCCCUCCAGCCCCAACCCUGUUAAGAAGGGAAGCUCCCUCAACUGGUCAUUCCCGGACAAGAUCAAGUCCCCGCGCACCGUCAGGAAACUCUCCAUGAAGAUGAAGAAGCUUCCGGAACUCAGCCGCAAGCUCAGCGUCAAAGGGAUCCCUAGCAACAACAACACCAGCGGUAACGGAGCCAGCGCGAGCAGCCAAUCAGAGACAAGGACCCAGUGUCCCAAAACCAAUAGUGGGUCAGAACCAGGCUCCGCUCCUCCCAGGUUGUCCCCAGGGGGCGGGCAGGGGGCGACCGCCAGCCGUAAUGUGAUCUCGAGAUAUCACUUGGACAGCAGUGUGUCGACACAGCAAAGUUACAGCAAGAAGAAGAGCAGCGGGACCUCCAUGUCGGCUAGCAAGGGGGGCUACCUCAGUGACGGGGACUCCCCAGAACUGGUGGCCAAGUCUGGGAAGCACGGGCCCUCAGAGGGCAAGGGAGGCAAGGGGAAGGAGAAAGACCCAGCCACUGGAGGAGGAGAGAGAACAGGAGCAGGAGGAGUAACAGGAGGAGGUGGCAGCUCUAAGCUGCACGGCACAGAACUAGACAUUGACGCGUUCCGUCACUACGCCUUCACAGAACAGCCCAAGUGCACCCAGUACAUCUCAGGCCUGAUGAGCCUGCACUUCUACGGCGCCGAGGACCUCAAGCCGCCACGUGUCGACUCCCGGGACGUCUACUGCGCCAUCCAGGUGGAUUCGGUCAACAAGGCACGCACUGCCCUGCUCACCUGCCGGACCACCUUCCUAGACAUGGACCACACAUUCAACAUCGAGCUGGAGAACGCCCAGCACCUGAAGCUAGUGGUGUUCAGCUGGGACCCCACACCCAAGAAGAACCGGGUGUGCUGUCAUGGCACUGUGGUGCUACCGGCUCUCUUCAGGGUGACCAGGAGUCAUCAGCUGGCCGUGAAGCUGGAGCCACGAGGCCUGAUCUACGUGAAGUUGAACCUGAUGGAGCAGUGGCAGAACUCCCUGGAUGGAGGCUACGAUGGGGACCGGGAGCGACAGAUGUUUGGGGUGGAGGCCUGGAGGGUUGUGGAGAGAGAGAACUCAGGACUCAUGGUGCCCCUGCUCAUCGAAAAGUGCAUCACGGAAAUUGAGAAGAGAGGCUGCCAGGUUGUGGGCCUCUACCGUCUGUGUGGUUCAGCGGCAGUAAAGAAGGAGCUUCGGGAGGCCUUUGAAAGGGACAGCCUGGGUGUAGAGCUCUGUGAAAACACCUACCCUGACAUCAACGUCAUCACAGGUGUGCUGAAGGACUACCUGCGUGAGUUGCCGUACCCCCUCAUCACUAAGCACCUGUAUGAGGCUGUGUUAGACUCCAUGGCUAAGAGGCCUCUGCGUAUUGGAGCAGGAGGAUGUGAGAACGACCAGGCGGACACAGAGCAGACUGUCAGCCUGCUGGAGAACCUGCCAGAGGUGGAGAGGUUGACCCUGCGGAGGCUGCUGGACCACCUGAAGCUGGUGGCGUCGCACCACGACGUCAACAAGAUGACGUGUCAGAACCUGGCAGUGUGCUUCGGUCCCGUGCUGCUCAGCCAACGCCAGGAGGCCAGCUGCCAUAGCAACCGCGUCUUCAUCGACUCAGAAGAGCUGGCCAGUGCCCUGCACUUUAAGAAGCACAUCGAGGUGCUGCACUACCUUCUGCAGCUAUGGCCAGUGGUGGACCCACAUGGAAAGACCUCAUCCCCCAUCCUGGAGCACCCCGGCCCAGCCGACCAGCCUGCCGCUCCACCCCUGCGUCGGAGGAAGGAGCGUCCCCAGGUGCUGAACUUGAGUGAUGCAGAGAUGGCCGGGGUGCUGCGACCUAGGCCGGGCCGACUGGACAGCCCUAGCAACCGUUACGCCGGUGACUGGAGUCGCUGUGGAGAGCGCUACCUCCCCCCUCCUCUGGCCCAGGAGGAAAAUGACUAUGAUGAUGUUCCUUCUGAGGAUAUGGAGGUCACUGAGGAGGGACAGGAAGGAGAGGACAGGGGGGAGGAAGGGGGAGAGGAGCUGAGACCGGAAGGAUUACUGGAGAGUCGACAGGAGGAAGGACAGGCAGAGCCACCUACAGCAAAACAGGAACCCCCACUACUCCAGGAGGUGAUGGAGGGACCUGUAGAGAAGGAGGAAGAGGAGAGAGAAGCAGAGGAGGAGAGCGAUGUCUCCAGUGACGGUCAGCCAUCAGACGAUAGGGUGUGUGAUGAUGAGGAUGAGCGCAUCCUGCCCCUCCACAACCCCAAAGAGCACACAUACCAGGCUUACAUGAAGAUCCAGGACAUCAGCCCCGUUCUCAGCAACAGGGUCAACCUGCGAGACCUGCAGGAGAGCAUCGACACGCUCAUAGGCAACCUGGAGAGAGAGCUCAACAAGAACAAUCUCAAAGUUAGCUACUAACACAACACACAUUCAGCCUCACAGGCUACUGACUCAAACACACAGCCCAACAGGCUACUGACUCACACACAGCCCAACAGGCUACUGACUCAACACACACUCAGCCCAACAAGCUACUGACUCAAACACACAGCCCAACAGACUACUGACUCAAACACACAGCCCAACAGACUACUGACUCAACACACAGCCCAACAGACUACUUACUCAACACACAGCCCAACAGACUACUGACUCAACACACACUCAGCCCAACAUGCUACUGACUCAAACACACAGCCCCCGAAGAUGGAAAAGGCUUAGCUAAUUCUAAGGGCUUCGAGACUGGAGAGUUGUUGGGGUUCAGGAAUUUGGCUCCAGGGUUGCCGUGGUGACCUUUAAUAAAGACGACUCAGUGGCACGUGCACCCGUGUCGUGCGCCCCUGCAGAACUCUGGUGUUUAGAACUCUGGUGCGUGAUUGGCUGGACACUUCAUUUAGCACCUACCCACAAGACAUUAUUAGAUGUUUCAUUAAUGUUUUGCUUUUGAUGACUUGUUUUUACAUGUCGCUCAUGUUCUGUUGUUCUUAUCCGGUUGUUGUUGUUGUUGUUGCUUCUCUUCUUAUUAGAAGAACCCAUUGACCCCCAGGGGUGUAAACGGUGCCUUAAUUGUGUGAAGGUGGGACUUUAAGGCAGGGGAGAGCUUUUCUAUUGAGGUACGAAACAUUAUGACGUACAGCAAUGCACUUAUGAGGCAGGCUUUAGUGUAUAGUACAAGUCAUUUAGGUAUAUGGUACAUGCAGUAUAGCUGGCUAUGGACUGGGAGGAGAACCAGGGAGGGGGCUAGACCUCUGAACCCUCCUCCUCCUCAGGUACGAGUACAGACGUAUCAUACAGUCACAUACAUACCUGCUCCAAUACCAUGGAGAAACACAGAAACAAGGAGAUAAUGGGUGAUAAGUGUUUCUCUCUACCUGCUAGAACAGAGCAGCUAAUCUGUAGCAACAAAGAGAGAUAGAAAAAAUAACUAAAGUGAUGUCAUGUAUUUGAAAAAUGAAUAAGUGAAUAUGACAUGGGUGAAAACCAUUAAUAUCUGGUUUUCUUUUAGCCCUUCUUCCCCAACCUCCCACAUGAUCUAGACCAGGGUUUGGUCUUAAUGUGCACCCAGGGGUUCCCCAGAACCCCUGAUCAAGACCACACGUACCAAACUCAUUCCACGGAGGGCCCAGGGUCAGCGGGUUUUCGGUCCUCCCUUGCGCUUAAUUGAUUAAUUAAGGUAAUUAAUUAGUAAGGAACUCCCUACACCUGGUUGUCUAGGGCCUAAUUGAAAUGGAAAAACCCAAAAACCUGCAGACACUAGGCCCUCCAUGGAAUGAGUUUCAGACCCAUGAUCUAGACAGACAGUGAUCACCUGCGGGUUUAAAGAGGAAAAAGUCCAAUAUGGGAAACUUACGUAUGGUACAUACUGACUGCAGAACAGCAGUUCACAUGUUUCAUAGAAACAGUUACUGUGUGGAGAGGGCUCUGGCUAGUACGACAUGUGAGUCCACUACCUAAAUAGAUAAAAGCAAGUUUUCAGAAAUCCAGGGAUUCAGAAUGAUCAGUAUUUAACAUAUUUAUGUAUAUAUAAAUGUAUUUGGAGUAUAUAUAUUAUUUUUUACAGCUUAUAUAUAUAUUUCCAUACAGGCAUAUUUAAAUGCUCACCAUAACCUUGUAGUGUUGACCCAUGAUAGACUAUAUAGACGGAUUGGUUGUUUAGCAACAAAACCAACACAUGUGCAACUAUGGGGUUAAACAGAUGGGGUUGGCUUAGACUGUUGAUAACAUGUCAACUAUAUUUUGUUUCUAACGUUCAUUGAAAACAAAUACAUUUGCACAAUGAGCACUUGUCUCUCAAAUACAUUGUUACAGUUGGUUAGCUAGCUAGAGAAUAUUCGCCAUAUUAGCAUAGACGUGACAUCAGUCAAAACAAGACAUGGUAUCAAGCACAAGAUAAAACAAGCUGAAACGAGCCACCUACAUUUCCCCACAUGGCAGCUUCUUGUCAUUGUUGCUAGCUAUCUGGCCAUCCAGGACCACAACACACAGCCUUCUGCCCCAUUGAAAUGGGUGCAUGGUUUUCGUGACGUUGUCACCUAACCUGUCUAUGUUGCUUUGUUUCCUCCCACUUAAGCUACCUGUACACAUCUUAAACGUGCUGGACUAAUGGUACAACUUAAGCUGUAAUAUAUAUGACAUAGAAAUACAUUCUUGCAGAAAGAGAGAUAUUGUUAUUUUUGUUAUAUUUUUUUGUACAUAUUUGGCAUCUGUUUUGUCGCCGGUUGGUCUAAUCUGAGUUCAUAGUUGUGUUUAAAAGGUACUGAUGAACAUUGUUGCAUGGUCAAAAGCUUUAUUACUAACUUAAACAAGUAUAUUUCCCACCUGAGGUUAUCGUAUCAUAUUUAUGUGUACAUGGAGAUUCUUUUCUAUUUGUUCCUAUCCCACUUUUUUUGUCAUCCCUUUGACAGCUGCUGACACAGACUAACAACCAGGUUCAAAAGAACAUUUAAUUGAAAGACUAAAAGAAAGGAAAAUAAUUCAUCUAGCUAGUCCCUAAGGCGAUUGCACUGCAGUGCAGUAGUUUCCUAUGGUGAUGGGAAACUAUCCAGUGAAGCUUUCAUUAUAUAAGGAUGUUUUUCUGGUUCUAGCCUGACCCUUGUUCCUCUCCUCCGGAUCUGGCCCUUGUUCCUCUCCUCCGGGUCUGACCCUGGUUCCUCUCCUCCGGGUCUGACCCUGGUUCCUCUCCUCCGGAUCUGGCCCUUGUUCCUCUCCUCCGGGUCUGACCCUGGUUCCUCUCCUCCGGGUCUGACCCUGGUUCCUCUCCUCCGGAUCUGGCCCUUGUUCCUCUCCUCCGGGUCUGACCCUGGUUCCUCUCCUCCGGGUCUGACCCUGGUUCCUCUCCUCCGGGCCUGGCCCUGGUUCCUCUCCUCCGGGCCUGGCCUGGCCCUGUGUCCUCUCCUCCGGGCCUGGCCCCUGUUUCCUCUCCUCCGGGCCUGGCCCCUGUUUCCUCUCCUCCGGGCCUGGCCUGGCCCUGUUUCCUCUCCUCCGGGCCUGGCCUGGCCCUGUUUCCUCUCCUCCGGGCCUGGCCUGGCCCUGUUUCCUCUCCUCCGGGCCUGGCCUGGCCCUGUUUCCUCUCCUCCGGGGCUGGCCUAGCACUGUAUCUAUCAAUGCAUUCCUCCCUCUUCACUCUUUCUCUAACCCCCUCCCUCCUUCCCUCUUAAUCAGUGUGUCACAUGUCCACAUUGUGUCUGAGCACGUGCACAUCGUUGUUUGCGUGUACAGUAAGUGUCAUACGGUCAACGUGUUUCUGUAAUAGUUGUUUUGUUUCAUCUCUGUCCUGUUUGUAUGUCUGUCUUGGAAACAGAAAGCUAUGAUGAAAGCAUCCCUAAAUAGAAUAAUACUUUCUACUGAUCUUGAGAAAUGUAUGGUCAUAUUAAAGUAUAUAUUUCAUAUGG